UGUGUGAGCCGUGUUUAGAGAUGGAGGAUAGCCAAGUCAACCUAUUUGUGCACAGAGAAAACCAGCUGUGGGCUCAGAAGAAACGCCAGCUCCCUGUGACUUUAGUGACUGGAUUUCUAGGAGCAGGUAAAACAACACUACUGAACAAUGUCCUUAGCAACAAGCACAACCUCAGGAUUGCGGCAGCAGUGAACGAUUUUGCCGAGAGAAACAUAGACGCUCAAAUCAUCAAAAAGAAUCGAGACCACGGAGAUGUCGUGGAGCUCACAAACGGCUGUCUCUGUUGCUCGAUCUCCAGCGAGCUGAAAACAGCCGUGUGGAACCUCCUCCAGCAAGCCGACAUCGGUAAGAUCGAUUACCUCAUGAUCGAAACAAGUGGAGUGACGGACCCGCUAGCUACCAUAGCCACACUGGAACAAGAGUACGGUAAGAUGUACCGAAUUCGGCUGGAUGCAGUGAUAACUGUGGUCGAUACGGAUGCGCUUGUGGCAGGGAUGGACAGUGGGUGCGAGGGUGAGAGUAAGCUUCGGUCAGCUGCUGCAGAUAGCCAGCUGCAAUGUGCAGACGUGGUACUGCUUAACAAGAAGGAUCUUGUGAGCGAACAGCAACUGAGCCGUGCCCAAGACUUCAUCUCUAAGCUAGUGCCUGGAGCCCAGGUUUACUCGUGCAAGAAGUGUGCCGUGCCCCUCCACUACCUGAUGGAGGUACAAGAGGCUACAUCUAGUAGGCAGGUGGUUUCGCAUGAGGUCGUGGAGGCAGCUUACACCAUAAGUCAAAUCGGAGGAAGCAUGAAUCAGGAAAGACAGCGCCGACUAAAAGAAAAGGGCAUUGCUGCCUCUUUCACUCACAUCGAACAAGACGAAUUUUCUUCCUUUGUUUUUGAGAGUCAGAGGCCCUUCCGACUGGGCGAUUUCGAGGCGUUUCUUGGAAAGAAAUUUCCCCGUGGGGUCACCAGAAUCAAGGGAACCGUUUGGUUUCAAGAGAAUCGAUCGUGUCUCUAUAGCUUUCACAUGAGCGGGAGGCAAAGGUAUGAGCUUACACCAUGCGCCAGUGCUGGUGAAAGCCUUGUAGGUGCUUUUUCCAUACAGUUGGUCGUCAUUGGAAGGUCUAUUGAGCCAAGUGAAAUCCAGACGACUUUAGAAAAUGCUGUUGUCCCUCAGCCUUAUUCUGGGGAGCCAUACCUGUCACCUGUACCCGUGGAGGCUGUCAUCGAAUCAGCCCGCUCUCUUGUUGAAGCUGACAGCCGUUUUGAUCUUGUAGCAUGUGAAACCCUCUACAUUGAUUUUAGGCUCACCGGCUGCAUAGAAUAUGGGAUCACAGUACAGGAAGCAGAGUCUGUGCACGGUAUCAAUAUGGGGAAGAUGAACUUGGACUUAGCUACCCGUGUGAAUGGAUCAAGGCUGCCUGUAUGCGUAAUACCCGUCUUGCUACCGACUGGAUUGCAAGUAUGCCGCUAUGCCGCCCAUGUAGACGCACCUUUCGAUACUCUAUGGAAUGUUGUGACAGAAAUCGCCGGAAAGUUGAUAGUUGAUUACUACCGUGCUGUGGCAUACUGUAAGUGUGGCAUGUAAUAACGUGCACUGACUUGUAGAUAUUGCGUGACUUUUUUUGCUGACCUACGUGUAUUAUGACUUUUGUAAUUCUCGCACAUAAAACUAGUUUUACAAAAAAAAGAACAUCUCAACUGUGAUAAAAAUUGUCUGAAAAAUCAUUAUGUUGUACUUCUAUAUUGCUACAAGACUUAGUGU